AGACUCCAACAGAUCCACACACUGAGAUCUUUGUCACAAACUGUCGGAUUUCCUCAGGAAGAUGGAGACGCCUCUCGCACUCUGCAUCGUUCUCAUGUUUGCCUCAGUGUCAGUCAUCAGAAGCCAAACCACUGCAAAGCCUGUGACGAUUACAACAAAUGAAACCACAACCAGCAAUAGCUCAAUAUCUCCCCAACCCACCAACUCCACAUCUGGUCCGAGUGUCACCAGUAACACCACAGCAGUUACAUCUGGAUCCUCCAACAUAACGACUGUGAACAGCAGCGCAACAACGAUCAACACCACUUCCCCAAGUAGCAACAGUUCUACAGUUUCUCCAAACAUCACACCAGGACCAGAUGGAAGCAACGUGACCCAGAACACCAGCACCAACACCGACUCACCACUGGUCACAAACCAGACUACAACCGUCUCAGCAAACAAUGAAACUGUUACUUUGAAUCCAAACUCAACAAGUGCUCCAAACCUGACCGCAACUCCCAACACAAACCAAACAUCUGAGAAUGUGACGGCUACCCCAAAUGUGAACGCAACUGGCACUCCAAACACAAACUCAGCGACGACCCAGAACUCCAACUUCUCCUCAAACCCAACAACGAGCUCUAAAACCAGCUCUAGUCCUGCUGCGACCAGUGGAGGGGUUCCUGGAUGGGGUAUUGCUCUGUUGGUUCUGGCUGCUCUGGUUCUCCUGCUGCUUCUUCUGCUGCUGAUUGCUCUUCUGGUGUGGUUCUGCUGCUCCAGGCGCAGAAAAAGCUUCAGUCCCUACUCAAACCUGAUCGAAACAAACAACAUCCCAAUGUACACCACCCACAGCCGCUUCUAUGCCACCAACGGCAGAGAUCACGAAGACGUGACGAAGCCCGUGAACCAGCAGUCUGGGUUGCACACCAUCACCCAGUGACAACCAUCAGCAAGUCAAUCAGCAGAGAGGAAUCACCAGAUUACAACUAUUUUACAGUUUUAUUAUUAUAAUUAUCAUUAUCUCAUAUCUGUAUCAUAUUUUAAGCCCUACUAACUUUAUUUAUUGUCUGUAAAGAACUUUGAGAGUUUGUUGAAAAGCUAUGAUAUUGAUUCUAUCAGCUUUUUUAUUUGAAAAGCUGAUAUUUCAGUUAAUAUAUCUUAUAAUUUAUAUAUUUUUCCAUCUAUAUCCUCUUGUGUGUCCCAGACCUGGAUUUGAACCUGGCAACUCUGUUACCAACUGUGCAUCCCACUAAUAUAUAAUAAGUAUAAAAAUGAUAAUUAUAUGUUAGAAUUAUAGUAUUUUUGAAUAAAUAUAAUGAACAGGAUAUGAGAAGCUACAGCUGCACUGUAAAACAGUCACAGUUGGUUUAACUUGAAAAUAAAAGUCCACCUGCUGCCUUGAAAAUAUAAUUUAAGUCGACAAGAAAAUAGUUUUGGUUUCAACUCAGAAACUAAAGUUCAUGAAGUUGAUUUAAAAAUAAGAGACAAGUUGUUUAAACAUUGUUUUUUAAGUUCAUUAAUCUUGAAUUGUGAGUUUUAACUUAAUGCUGCAAUUUAAAGCAAAUAAUUAUUUCACAUAUUAAGUGUUUUUCUUACAUAUUUCAUAAUAUGUAAGAAAAAAACUGCCCUCACCUGGUUAAAGAGACACAUUUCUCUGUUAUUUUACUCACAAUAUCAAUUUAAAAUAACAACUUAUUUUACUUUAAAAUUAUUUAAAUUCUUGUUUCAAAUUGCAUGAACAAAAUUUCUGAUCUGAUGAUGAAUUUUAUUAAACAUCUCAAUGAAUUCAGCUCAGAAACAUUUAGUGUGAACAGAACAUUAUCCUCAACCAUUCAAAAAAAAUCACAGUUUUUAUCUGUUAAAUCACAUUGAGAUCUUUAAAAAAUUAAACAUUUCUCCAUAUUUUAGUUUCAUUUUCUUCUGCGUCCCCAUGAAAAAACACCCCUGGAAAAUUUAGUCUACAGAGGCCACUGGAUGUUUUUUGUGUUUCGUCUGGUCCUAAAACCCCGCAGGCCAGCUUUUGUCAGCAGCUGGGGCGUGGCCGUGUGCGGCAGAAAAUAAACAUUGUUCAUAAUA